UUUACACACAAAGCGCCUGCACGCUCGGGGCGCAAGCGUAAACCCCAAAUAAAUCGUGUGCGAAAGAGUGGGACAGAGUAGGCGAGUGUUUUUGUUUUUACUUGUCCGAAUGUCAGAUAAAAAUUUAGCAAAUUCGAAGAAUCAUUUAUUUCGCGUUGAGUUGACAAUAUCUAAAUUGCAGUUGUGAAUAUUUUUUGCUAAUUUUACACGCUUUGUUUUCAAUUUGUUCUGCUUUUUAUCGUGUGGUCGGUUUCAGGUAAAACGUUCACGGACUUGCCAUCCAGGGGAUAGUUAACGUUUAGUUGAAACGAAGCAAAAUAGGAAAAUUUGUUGUGCUGCGGAGACUGAGCGUUGUUGCCGGGGGUAAAAUUUACAGAUUUCAGUGCAUUUUCUAAUUUGCGCGGAGAAAGUGUGUGAGAAAGUAGUAAUUAGUGUAUAGAAUAACGAAAAUCUCAGAAAACAGUUGAGGGUGAAAGGGGAAGCCAAAGUCCGUGGGAACCCACCGCCGGGGUGCAAUCGGGGGAAAUUAACACGAAGCUAAUCAGUUACUACUUCCCAAUCUACAAAUAUUGAACUAUGGAUAAAGAAGAAGUAGACAAGAAAAUAUCACCAGGUGCUCUUGAAUCAUUAUCACCGGCAAUAACGGCUAGUACAGAGUCUGAAACUUUCGAAUCUUGGACUCUAGUCACAUCGGAUAUACCAAUGAUAAGAAGCAAAAUCCCAACUGUCCAAGAAGCGAAAGAAUCGACCAAGACUAAAGAUUCUGAGUUGAAAGCCCAUCUCAAAAACGAUGAUGAUCCACACAUCGAAGUCAUCAAGAAAGAUGAUAACCACACCGAUGGUGAAAUGUCCGACGGUAUAUCUAUCAUAAGCGAUAGUGAAAGCGGCGGACGUACAUCACCGCAACCAGCACCACGUCGAUUGUCACCAAUAAAACGAAUAAGUCCACAAAGAUCGGUAUUCACACAAGCAGAUCCAGAUUCAGACAAUCCAGAUGACAAUAUCGACUCGAUUACUUUUAAGCCAAUUUCCAUCGCAUGCGAGACGAAAGCUGCAUUGCUAUCAACUGAACCACAAACAGGUGCAUCAAUUGCUACACAAAGUCAAGAACCUGAUGAAGCGUCAAUAGAUUUAAUACAAGAACAUCCAUUCUUGCCUAGAUUCAAUUUCACCUAUGCCUUCUAUGUUGCAACAUUCAUUGCAAUACUGGCCAUAUUCGGACGAAUGAAGGAGGCUCCUAUGUUUGAGACAAAGGAUCUUAAUGCAGUUUAUUCGAAAUUGAACGAAAUUUUAGCCAAAACUUCUCACAUCGAAGCUAUAAUCCAAGACACCAUAAAUGGAUUGGACGAUCGAAGUUUUGAUCAGUACAGCAACAUGCUGCUAAGAAUAAAAGAGCUAAAUGAGAAAUUCGAGGCAAACAAUUUAGCAAUCAAGGAUGCCCUAAACCAACUGACGAAGCCUGAUAAGUGUCCAGCUAGGAAUUUGGAUAAGCCUAAGAAAAGGAUGCGUGAAAAUAUGCACGAAGUAGAUUAUAAUAAAGAAAACAGAUAUGGGCCUGAAGGAGAAAAGCCGCCAAAUUAUUCGUAUCCUUCACAAAAGAAGCCACGAGAGCGUGGGGACGAAUCUUUUAGCCAGGAAAAGUCCCGUAGAUCCCCGGUAGAUAAAACUAAUAAGAAAUUUGAUUCAGACGGGGAAAGCCCUCAAUCCAAGGAAUUUGGAAGUAGUGAAUCGAAACACAAAAACGGUUUUGAAAAACAUAAACCUCCUCACCACGAUCAGAACGAUCGCAAGAAUGGUCAAAAAAGACAAUACGAGAGCGCCGAACGUGACUCUCACCGUAAAAAUGGGUACCACGAACAUGACCCCCGCAACAAGAAUGGUUACAAAGAGAAAAAAUCAAAACACUCUAACGAGCAUUACAACAAAAACGACUACGAUACAAACUCUAAUGAGCAGAAUGGAGACUGGAUGGAACGACGUAAACGUUACCGUGAGGACGCUCGGCGAAACGCCGAAGAUGAUGGAAAGAAACGACAAUCUGAAGAGGAUAACAAUUGGUACCUGGAGCGCGGCACAAGCCGUCAAAAUGCUCGUAAAUUUGAAAAUGUUGACAAAUGAUCGUAGAUAUUAAAAUGGUUACGCUCUACCAAUCAAACGAACGUAACGUUUUAAACUUUUCUGAAAAUGAUUUGACCCUGCUCCAAGGAAAAAGAAAUGCAUCGAUCCAUAACUUUUGAAUUAUAUCCUGUACAGAAAAGUAUAUGCGUAAAGUAUUUGCCUAGUUUUUCUAUUCCGUUGUAAGAGAAAUCGAUCGCAAAUUCUUCCAUAUAUCUUUUGCUUUUCACGAGGUUCAUCGUUUUUAGUUGAUUUCGAUGAUAGUUAGGAUAUUUUUCAGCCGUUCUUGUGUGGAUUUGAUAUAGAAAGUCUGGUAUGUUGUAUUAGUAAAAUGAAAAUGAUGUGUUUUGUUGAAUUUAUUGUAAGCGAUAUUGUACGAAAUGUCGAUCUUUUAUUGUUUGUGACAAGCUGGUAUUGUUCUUUUCUGUGCUCUUCCGAAAGACACAAAACAAACACAAUCAAACAAAGAAAUAAACACAUACGUCGAAUGCAGACGUUCCUAAUUGUUUACCAAUUACCAAAUGUGAUAAAGUAUAAGUAUGAGAUUAUGAGAGAAACUGUAACGAAAAAAAUGUACAUCUUGUAUAUUUUUUAAUUAAUCUACAUGAGACACAAUAAAUCAAUAGUUAAUUUGAAAUC